CCUAGGCCGAGCAACAGAAUAUCGGAAGGCGCCAUCUUGGGUUGUACGUUCCGUCCAAACUAUUGAAUAGCAAUCCGUCUCCAUCGGGAUAGGAAAGGCAAUCAUGACUGACUCCAAAUACUUUACAACAACCAAGAAAGGGGAGAUCUUUGAGCUCAAGGCAGAGCUGAACAGUGAUAAGAAAGAUCGCAAGAAAGAAGCAGUAAAAAAAGUUAUUGCUAGCAUGACUGUUGGGAAGGAUGUCAGCUCCUUGUUCCCAGAUGUGGUGAACUGUAUGCAAACUGACAACUUGGAGUUAAAAAAGCUGGUGUACCUUUACCUUAUGAACUAUGCUAAGUCUCAGCCCGAUAUGGCAAUCAUGGCUGUCAAUACUUUUGUUAAGGACUGUGAAGACCCAAACCCACUUAUUCGGGCUUUAGCUGUUCGCACUAUGGGCUGUAUCCGCGUUGACAAGAUCACAGAAUACUUGUGUGAACCCCUCCGCAAGUGCUUGAAGGAUGAAGAUCCCUAUGUUCGCAAGACUGCUGCAGUUUGUGUAGCCAAGCUUCAUGACAUCAACUCUCAACUAGUGGAAGAUCAAGGCUUUCUUGAUUCCUUGAAGGAUCUUCUGUCAGAUUCUAAUCCCAUGGUUGUGGCUAAUGCUGUGGCUGCCUUAUCUGAGAUUGGGGAUGUUUCACCAACUGCUGCUGCCAUGAUGGAAAUUAAUUCUCAAACCAUCAACAAACUGCUCACAGCACUCAAUGAAUGCACAGAGUGGGGACAGAUAUUUAUCCUUGACUCUUUGGCACAGUACACUCCUAAAGAUGACAGGGAGGCUCAGAGCAUUUGUGAGCGAGUCACCCCCAGGUUGUCUCAUGCCAAUGCUGCUGUGGUUCUGUCUGCUGUCAAGGUUCUUAUGAAAUACAUGGAAAUUAUGACUCCCUCAUCAUCAUAUGUGCAGAAUCUUGUUAAAAAACUGUCUCCACCCCUGGUGACAUUGUUGUCCAGUGAACCUGAAGUCCAGUACGUUGCUCUUAGGAAUAUCAAUUUGAUUGUGCAAAAGAGGGCAGAUAUCUUGAAGAAUGAGAUGAAAGUCUUCUUUGUCAAGUACAAUGACCCAAUUUAUGUAAAACUUGAAAAACUGGAUAUUAUGAUUCGGCUGUCAAAUCAACAGAACAUCGCCCAAGUCUUGGCAGAGUUGAAAGAGUAUGCCACAGAAGUUGAUGUUGAUUUUGUGAGGAAAUCAGUACGUGCAAUUGGACGCUGCGCCAUCAAAGUUGAGCAAUCUGCAGAACGCUGUGUGAGCACUCUUCUGGACUUGAUUCAAACCAAGGUUAACUAUGUGGUACAAGAAGCGAUUGUGGUUAUCAAGGACAUAUUCAGGAGAUACCCAAACAAGUAUGAAAGUAUAAUCUCCACCUUGUGUGAAAAUCUGGAUUCAUUAGAUGAACCUGAGGCGAGGGCAUCGAUGAUUUGGAUCAUUGGUGAAUAUGCUGAGCGAAUUGACAAUGCUGCAGAGCUAUUGGAGUCCUUCCUGGAAGGUUUCCAAGAUGAAAAUUCUCAGGUUCAACUGCAGCUGCUGACAUCCAUUGUGAAGCUGUUCUUGAAGCGUCCAACUGACACUCAGGAGCUAGUGCAACAGGUCUUGAGUCUGGCAACACAGGAUAGUGAUAACCCAGAUCUCAGGGACAGGGGCUACAUCUACUGGCGGCUUCUUUCAACUGACCCUGUGGCAGCAAAGGAAGUUGUGCUGGCCGAGAAGCCCCUGAUAUCUGAAGAAACUGACCUCCUAGAACCCACUCUCCUUGAUGAACUGAUCUGCAACAUUUCCACAUUGGCAUCUGUGUAUCACAAGCCACCCAGCUCAUUUGUUGAAGGGCGCACUGCUGCAAGGAGAUUCACCUUGCCACCGAGGGCUGAGCCAUCUCCAGGGGCUGAGACUGAGGAAGCUACCCCUGCUCCAUCCCAACCAGUUGCAGCUCCAGUAACUGCUUCAGUGGCAGCCCAUGCACCGCCAUCUCAACCAGCAGCUGACUCCUUACUUGGUGACCUGUUGAUGGACAUGGGACCCACUCAACCUGCUGCCCCACCUGUGCAGCCAGCAGCAGCGGCAGGGGGAGGAGGAGUUAUGGAUCUUCUGGGAGAAGACCUAAGUGGUUUACAGCUUGGUGGAGCUCCAAGUCCUGCUCAGCCAAUGGGAGGGCCGAUGGGGGGCUUGGGCGAUCUUUUCAGUCUGUCUGGGGGACCUGGUAUCUCAGGAGGAAUGUACUCUGCGCCUAAACAGAUGUGGCUCACUGCUGCCAAAGGGAAAGGAGUUGAGGUUUUAGGAACAUUUUCUCGACGUCAAGGACAGAUUUACAUGGAUAUGACAUUCCACAACAAAGCCAUGCAAGCCAUGGGAGACUUUGCAAUCCAGUUCAAUAAGAACAGUUUUGGUUUGGCACCCGGUUGUCCGCUAAACAUUCCAUCGCCGUUGCUCGCCAACUCCUCCGCGGAAACUUCGCUUCCUGUAAACACAAAUGGCGCUGUGCUGAGAAUGGACCCACUUACAAACCUCCAGGUGGCCGUUAAAAAUAAUGUGGAUGUGUUCUACUUCAGUUGCACUGUUCCUUACAACGUGCUGUUUUCAGAAGAUGGCCAGAUGGAUCGCAAGGUGUUUUUAGCCACGUGGAAGGACAUACCUGCAGGGAAUGAAGUUCAGAAUCAAAUCACCAAUGUAAAUUUUUCUUCAGAAGUUGCUCAACAGAAACUUUCUGCCAACAACAUAUUUACUAUCGCAAAACGUACAGUGGAAGGCCAGGACAUGCUUUACCAGUCAGUGAAAUUCACCAAUAAUAUCUGGGUUUUGGCCGAACUCAAGAUGCAGCCUGGUAACACUGUGGUGCAGUUGUCGCUGAAGACGCGAGCCAUGGAUGUUGUUAUGGGCGUACAAGCUAUGUACGAGACCGUCCUACACAACUGAGGGCCUGGAGCUGAUUCAUAUGUAAAGGAAUCACCGUUACGUCUCACACUGAUAAUAAUAAUAAACUGUAACAUUCAGUGUUUACUGAAAUAAAAGUAACUUGUCUUACAAA